UAUUUUCAUUUUCUGCGAUUUUCUAUUUCAGGGUUUGUCGAAUUAAGAUUUUACUAACGUUACGAUAAAAAUGUUGGACUCGAAUCUUGAAAAGAUGAAAGUUGCGGAUCUUCGCGAAGAGUUGGAGAAGCGGGGGCUAGACACCAAGGGAACCAAACCAUUCCUGAUUGAUAGAUUACAGGAAGCACUUUCGGCGGAGAAUGGUGCCACGGGUGGAGCAGAAACCGGUUCGGCGGACAUGGAUAUGGAUUCUAACGAUUCAGAACAGGUGCAAGAGGUGGAGGAAGAUGAACAGGCGGAAGAGCAACAGGAAGAAGCGGAAGAGCAACAGGAAGAAGCGGAAGAGCAACAGGAAGAACCGGAAAUGGAAGAUGAACCGGCAACAGAAGCAGUUGAACCAGCACACCAGAAUGGUGAUCAGGCUAACGGAGUAAAAGAAGAGGGAACGGAGGAGAAGCCUGUAGUUCCCGAGGUUAAGAAAGCUGCAGCUCCGGAGAAAGGAGUUAAAAGGAAGUUUGGAGAAACUGGACUCUCACCGGAGGAACUCAAACCAUGGAACAUUAGGGAGGAUGAGCCCGAGUUGCCCGACGAUUUUGUUUGCCUGGACUGGUUCAAUUCAGACCUCAAUCUUAGGAUUCGUCAUGAUGAUUUCCUGUCCGCUAUGCCGCUAAACAAGGAGAGCUGGAGCUGGGUGUAUGCUGGAUGCAGAGCAACCCAUGGAAUCAGUUCAGGCAAAAUAUUCUUCGAGGUAACCUACCUGGAUACGAUGAAGGUCUGGACGGAUAAGGACGGAUUCCAUCUUGAUCUCAGAGUUGGCUGGAGCACUAACGCAGCUUCUAUGCAGCUCGGAGAAAAUGACAAGUCCUGGUGCUACUCCAGUGCUGAAGGUAAAAAGGCGAGUAACAAGGAGUUCCUUGAGUACGGAGCCAAGUUCGAGCGUGGGGACGUGGUCGGAGCAUACCUUGAUAUGGGGGAGGAGAUGGUCACGAUGAUCUUUACCAAGAACGGAGAAACUCAGGGCGAGGCUUACUCAUUCCCAAGAGCAGAGUUGGGAGGAGAGGCUUUGUUUCCUCAUAUUCUGACCAGAAACGUGAAGUUUGAAUGCAACUUCGGCAAGAAAAAGGACGGGACUGAGCUCGCCCCUCUCAAGGAAGCACUAGAAGGCUACACUCAGAUUGCUAAGUGUGAGGCUGAAACUUUGAUCCGUGGUGAUUCUGGAAUCAAGACCCGAGAGGAAUGUCACUUCAUUCUGAUGGUCGGACUCCCAUCUGUCGGUAAGACUACCUGGGCCAAGAACUACGCUGCCGCGCACCCUGAGAAGAAGUUUGAGAUUAUAAACGCGGCAUUGUACUUGGAGAAAGCUACUGUCAACGGAGAUUCAAGGAAGAACCAUACUACUCUUGCUUGGGAGAAGGUACACCACCGUAUCACCAAGGCACUCCAAGAUGUUCUCAAAAUUGCAUCAUCAAGGAGGCGUAAUGUUAUCCUGGAUCAGACUAACGUGUAUGUGGACGCCCAGCUGCGCAAGGCCCGUCCCUUUGAGAAGAUGAAGCGCAUGUGCGUGGUGAUGGUGCCGAGUGAUGAGGAGAUGGCAAAGAGGAGGAAGCAGCAGGAGGAGGAGGGAGAAAUGAAUAUCCCUGACGAAGCCUGCAACGAGAUGAAAGCCAACAUUGCUUUCCCUAACGAGGACAACGGUGUAUUUGACGAGAUCGUGUUUACUGAUUUACCCAGGGAGGAGGCUCAGGCUCAGCUAGAAAAAUAUAACAAGGAGGCCCAGGAUGCCGGGUUUGGACGUAAACAUCUUGAAUACCAAUCCCAGUGGGAGCACAACAAGAGGAUGCGAGGAAUGGGUCCAAUGUUUGGCAGAGGAGGCCCCAGAGGAUUCCCCAGAGGAGGCGGAGGACCUUUUAGAGGACCAAUGCGUGGAGGACCACCAAUGCGUGGAGGCCGAGGAUGGGGAGGAGGACAUAGAGGAUUUGCACCCCAGGGCGGAUAUGGGUAUGGCGGAGGCGCAUGGGGUCCUUACGGACACCAGGGCGGAUACCAGCCUCGUGGCGGAGCCCAGGGAUACGGCGCAUACCCCGGAAACAGGAACUGGGGCGGAUGGAAUCGUUAAGAUGUAUUUGUAUCGAAUAUAAUUAUGCACUUGGCAACCAUUUGUAAUUUGUACCUAAUAUGAUUGGCUUAACUGUAUUUUUUUCAGUUUCAAAGGACUAUUAUUACUCCAACUAUAACAAUAUUUUUUUAUUUAUCAACUUUAAAGUUGAAAUGGACAUAUGGGCUUCACUCAUCAAAAACUAUUUUAAAAUAACUUUUUUUUUCUCUUUUUGUGUUCCUUAUUUUGAUAAUAAUGAUGUACAGUUGUAUAGUACUCUCUGCAAUAUCUUAUUCUAACGCAUUUUUUGGUCUGUUUCAGAA